AUGGAUGAGGCCGCGGGCUUCGCGGGAGUGCUCGAGCUGGGCGCCAGCGAGGGCGUCGAGGGCGUCGAAUUGCCUGGCGACGCCGACGAGAAGCCUCCCACCCGACGAGUUCGACGGGGAGGGCGAGAUGCUGUUCGCCGAGCUUCCGUGGGCCAGGGCCGGCGUGCUGUCGUGCUGGCCGUCGGCGAGGACUGGGAGUGCGAGGGCCUCGACGACGCGGGCGAGGCGCAGUGUGCGUACCGGGUGCAGGCGCGCGUCGUCUACCAGGCCACCGCGCCCUGGCAGUCCAUGACGGGCGCUCCACUGUGGUCGGCGAUGCUUGCGUACGGGACGUGA